ACAGAUUGUGACUCGGGGUUAAACGCUGAGCUCACCUAUUACACCCUGAGCCCGGAUUUCAGCAUUUCACCCCACGGGACUGUUUUCCCUGCACGGCGGCUCGAUUAUGAGCGGUCCAACCAUCUGUAUGAGUUUGUGGUGAUGGCAGUGGACAGCGGGGAUGAGCCGAACUCCGGUACUGCUACAGUCCGUGUGAGGAUGGCGAAUGUGAAUGACGAAGCUCCAGAAUUCUCCCAGUCUGUGUAUCGAACAUUUGUUUCUGAGGACGCAGGCCCAAACACUCUUGUUGCGACAGUUCUGGCCAAGGAUCCAGACGGCGAUGGCAUAACGUACACCAUAACAGCGGGCAACGAGGAGGGAAACUUUGUCAUUGACAACCAGAAAGGGUUGAUUCGUCUCCGCUCCACUCCACUGCCCAAACUUCAAGGCUUGGAGUACAUCCUGAAUGUAACGGCCACAGACGACAAUGCGUCAGGCGGGCUGCACCCCCUCUCCUCCACUGCCCGGGUCAUUGUAGGAAUCGAUGAUGUCAACAACAACAAGCCGAUAUUUGAAGAGUGCCAGCAGUACCGUGAACAGGCUUCAGUACUGGAGAACCAGCCAACGGGGACUCUUGUGUUGCAAGUGCAUGCCGAGGAUGCAGAUGAGGGAGCAAAUGGAAAAGUCAAAUAUGGCUUAAUGCACAGAGACAGCGCCAUGCCUGCCUUCAGAAUCCAUCCAGACACAGGAGUGAUUGUGACAGCCCGGCGAUUCGACAGGGAGCGGCAGAGGGAGUACUCCAUUACAGUAACGGCCACUGAUUGGGCAGAGGAGCCACUCAUUGGCAUCUGUCAGCUCACCAUUCAGAUCCUUGAUCAGAAUGAUAACAGCCCCAAGUUUGAAAAUUUGCGCUAUGAAUAUUUUCUGAGAGAAGACACCUUGGUCGGUACCAGUUUCCUCCGUGUAGCCGCUCACGACGAUGACUUCGGCACCAACGCAGCCGUCACUUAUUCCAUGUCGCUGGAGCAGCCGGAGUACCUGCAGGUCAACCCUGUGACUGGAUGGGUCUACGUUAACCAGCCAAUAUCUCAGAGGACGUACAUCACACGGGACAUCAUCGCAACAGAUGGAGGAAAUCGCAGCACUUCUGUGGAGAUGGCAGUCACCAUCACUAACGUGAAGAACCAGCCACCACAGUGGGAAAAAGACAGCUAUAGCGUCAUAAUACCAGAGAACACUGCCAGGGACACACCUAUAGUGACAAUCAAGGCAACUUCUCAGUUGGGUGACCCACGGGUGACUUACAACCUUGAAGAUGGCAUGGUUCCUGAAACCAACAUGCCAGUUCGUUUCUACCUCUCCCCCAAUCGGGAAGAUGGCUCUGCAUCUAUUCUGGUUUCUGAGCCCCUGGACUACGAGACCACUCCAUUUUUCUCUCUCCAGGUCCGGGCACAGAACGUGGCAGCAGUUCCUCUCGCUGCUUUCGCAAGGGUUUAUGUUAAUGUUACAGAUGUCAAUGACAACGUGCCAUUUUUCACAUCCUCCAUCUACGAAGCCUCAGUAACUGAAGGAGCCCAGAUAGGGACUUCAGUUCUCCACGUGUCUGCUCACGACAAAGACCUGGGUCUUAAUGGAGAGAUCACUUACUCUCUGCUGAACGACAGCAGUGGCGACCACAACUUGUUUCGCAUCGACCCAAAACAAGGCAUCGUAUACACGGAGGCUGUGUUUGACCGUGAGGCCCGCAGCUCCUACUUACUGGAAGUUCAGUCAGAAGACGGCCAAGAGUCAGCCCGACCUGGAAAAAACAAACAGCCCAACACAGACACAGCUUAUGUGAGGGUUUUCAUCAGCGACGUCAACGACAACAAGCCCGUCUUUGCUCAGCGGCUGUAUGAAGUCGGCGUCGAUGAGAACGCAGAUGUGGGCAUGGCUGUUGUCACUGUUAGUGCUAAUGAUGAAGAUGAAGGGGCAAAUGCCAAGCUGCGAUACCAGAUAACAUCUGGAAACAAAGGUGGGGCUUUUGACAUUGAGCCCGAAGUUGGGACAAUCUUUAUUGCACAGCCGCUGGAUUACGAGAAGCAAAAGAGGUACAAGCUGCUGGUGCUCGCCUCAGACGGGAAGUGGGAAGACUACGCAGCCGUUGUGGUCACGGUGGUCAACAAAAAUGACGAGGCACCUGUGUUUUCCAUGAAUGAGUACUAUGGAUCAGUCACAGAGGAGCUUGAUGGGUCACCUGUGUUUGUAUUACAGGUGACAGCCACUGACCCAGACAAAGACGCCGACCAGGGUGCCAUACGCUACUCCAUUCACGGACAAGGUGCAGAGUCACAUUUCAUGAUCAACGACAUCACGGGGGAAAUGUACGCUCAGCGUACAAUGGACCGAGAGGAGCGUGCCGUCUGGCGCUUUGUUGUCAUGGCGACGGACGAAGGGGGCGAGGGGCUUACUGGCUUUACAGAUGUUAUUAUCAACGUGUGGGACAUCAAUGACAAUGCUCCCGCCUUCUCGUGCGCGCCCGAUAAUUGCCUGAGCAACGUGGCCGAGAACUCUCCCCCUGGAACGUUUGUGGUGGAGAUGACGGCGGUUGAUCUCGACGAUGCUGCCAUUGGUCAAAAUGCCAUCCUCACCUAUCGGAUUACAGAGAAUGCAGUUAAUUCAAACAACGCAGAGCUUUUCACUAUCGAUUCAAGCACCGGUACCAUAUCUGUGGCGGCAGAGGGUCUCGACCGAGAGCUUGCCGACAGCCACCGCCUGGUGGUGGAGGCCAGGGAUGGCGGGGGUAUGACUGGGACGGCUACUGUCACUGUCGUGGUAACAGACAUCAACGACCACGUGCCAAAGUUUAGAGAGGAUUGGUGUGGUGCUCGUGUCUCUGAAAACACACACGAGGACUCUCCCCUCCUAGAGCUGAGUGCUGUGGACCCUGAUGAUGGCGUGAACGGACAGCUGGCGUUCAGUGUGGUGGCGGGAGAUUCAGAGCAACAAUUCUACAUGGUGAGCCACAGAUUGGAGCAGAUGGGCACUCUGAGGCUGAAGAAAAAGCUGGACUUUGAGCAGGCAGGGGAGCAGAGGUUUAACCUCACCAUCAGGGUAGAGGACACUGACUUCGCCAGCCUAAUCCACUGUGUGAUCCUGGUGGAGGAUGAGAAUGAUAAUGCCCCUGUUUUUACCCCGAGCUCCCACCUGCUCUCCCCUUUGCCAGAGGACAUAGCCGUAGGAACCAGCGUGAUUCAGGUCGCAGCUGCUGACGCUGACUCGGGACUAAAUGGGGACAUUUUGUACAGCAUUCUCCCCCAAUCAGAUCCAUAUGGACACUUCACAGUCAGCCGUGCCGGCGUUGUCACUGUCGCCAAGCCGCUGGAUAGGGAGACGGUGGCGGGCUACGAGCUGGUUGUCAUGGCGACAGACCGUGGUACACCGGCGCUGACUGGCAGUGUCACGGUCCGCUUGCCACUGCUAGACAUGAAUGAUAACGGGCCCGAGCUGGAGGCAGCCUACACUCCGGUGCUGUGGGAAAACGGCCCAGCCCCUCAAGUGGUUUGGCUCAACCGGAGUUCAACUCUGCUUCAUGUUGUUGACAGAGACUCCCCAGAGCACGGGCCCCCCUUCUUCCUCUCCCUGCCCUCCCUUUACUCCACUGACUUCCACCUCCAGGACCACGGGAAUGGCUCGGCCACGCUCACCACCCUGCGGAGGUUCGACCGGGAAAGGCAGAGAGAGUUCCGCUUGCCGGUGAUAAUGAUUGACAGCGGCGACCCACCGAUAACAGCCACAAACACCCUCACCAUCACUAUCGGCGAUCAUAAUGAUAACGCCCAUCAGGCAGGAGAGAAAGAUGUCUAUGUGCAUAGCCGAAAGGGAAGAAUGGCAAAUGCAGCACUAGGGAAGGUGUAUGCCCCAGAUCCCGAUGACUGGGACAACAAGACCUACACUCUGGAGACAAGUGCAGCAAAGUACUUCAGUCUGAACCAGAGCUCGGGAGUGCUGACCCUCCGACAGAGCACUCCAGCGGGCAGCUACUGGCUCAGGGUGGGGGUUUCUGAUGGGGUGUGGCCUGAUGUGAUCUCAGGCAUCAGGGUUCAUGUGAGGGAGCUGGAGGAGAAAGCCAUCCUGUCAUCUGCAUCGAUGCGUUUGGGAGGUAUUACAGCGAGAGAGUUUAUCGACCUGAACGUCGAGGGGAAGAGUCGGCUGGAGGUGUUCUGGGACUUCCUAUCUGAAACCCUGUCCGUUAGACCAGGAAGUAUCAACAUUUUCAGCAUAGUGGACAGAGAGCGGAAAACAAUGGACAUCCAUUUCUAUGUGCUAACUAAUAAUGGCUACUUGCGCCCUGAGAAACUUCACAGUGUCCUUGCAACACAUAAAAAAAAGCUGGAGUCACUCCUGCGUGUGAAUGUGAUCCAGGUGCAGGUCGAUGAGUGUGUGCACGCCGACUGCAAGACAUCCGGCGGCUGCUACACAAAGUUAAGCAUCAGUGACUCACCCACCUUGAUAGACUCUGGUGCUUUAUCCCUGGUCUCAGUGAAAGUGAUAUCCACGCCUGUGUGUGGCUGUGCUGCCAGAGAAAUGACCCGCCGACCCUGCUCCUCCUACCCGAACAAUCCCUGCCUUAAUGGGGGAACAUGCAUCAACACCCAGAAUGGAUACAGGUGCCAUUGCCCCCCACAGCUCGAGGGGCCAGAUUGUCAGCAGACCAGACUUAGUUUCCUUGGCAACGGUUAUGCCUGGUUUCCGCCCAUAAAGCCAUGCUUUGAUAGCCAUCUUUCACUGGAGUUUAUGACAGAGGACGAUGACGGGCUGCUGCUGUAUGCUGGCCCACUGGCCACCCUUCUACCAGGGGAUGGUGAAGACUACAUGGCAAUAGAGCUGAUUGGAGGGACGCCAAGUCUUAAAAUAAACCAUGGUUCUGGAACCCUGGUCCUCCAGUUAACAAAUAACGGUGGAGUGGCUGACAAACGCUGGCAUCGCCUUGAUGUGAAGAGCAACAGCAAAGAAGUACGCUUCACUCUGGAUCGAUGCUCCAGUGCAAUCGUCAUGGAGACAGAGGGUGUGGACUCAUGGGCAAUGACAGAGGACCGCUCAUCCUGUGAAAUCCGAGGGGUCACACCUAACAGAGACAGGUACCUGAAUGGGAGUCAUGUGCUGCAACUAGGAGGAGUCAAUGACAACAUAUCAUAUGAAUACCCACAGCUGCAGCACAAGCAUUAUUCUGGAUGCAUAAGGAACCUAUUUGUGGACAGCAAGCUUUAUGACCUUGGCGCCCCGGCUGAAUCCUCCAACACUUUGCCAGACUGCAGUCUUAUCGAUGACCACUGCACCAGCGUAGAGCAGUUUCCCUCCUGUGGGAAGAGGGGCCGCUGUCAUGAAGAGUGGGGCUCCUUCAGCUGUUUGUGUGAAAAAGGCUUCACCGGUGCACAAUGUAAUGAAGUCGCUGCAGAGCUUUCCUUUGACGGCCGGAGCCACGUCCAGAUCCAGCUGCUGUGGUCUCUCCCUGCACGGCAGACGAGAGUCCAGGUUGGGGUUCGGACACGCGUCCCUGGUGGUGUCAUCCUCAGCCUGUUGUCCCAGGAACAGAGUGAAUAUCUACGUUUAGAGGUUAUUCAGGGACAGCUGGCUGUUUUCUACAACCUGGGAGAUGGAGACUUCAACAUUACACUGCCCUACCUUCGGCUGGAUGAUGGGGAAUGGCAUGAGGUGGAGCUGGAUCGGUACGGAAGAGAGUUCACCCUGAGACUGGAUGGAGGUGGAGGACGACAAGAAGUUAUAGCUUCCCCCGGCCAAAGCCAGGAGAUCAUUAUUGAUCCCUCUGUAGUGAUGAUUGGAAACUCUUUCCCCUCUGGACACAACCGCAGCUUCCUUGGCUGUUUGCGAGAUGUGAGGUUCAACGGACGCCCCAUCCCUCUGGAUCCUGAACAGCCUUCAGAGGGCCGUCAGGUUGUCACUUCUCAGGGUGUUUCUGCCGGCUGCUCUUCAGACGCGUGCCGGAAGCACCAGUGCUCUCCUCCUUUAGUUUGCGUGGACCUCUGGAGACACCAUGAAUGCAGGUGCCCUCCAGGCCACAUGACCAAAGAGAGCUCUUUGGGCAAAGUGUGCGUCUACACGCUGUGUGCCAGCCGCCCGUGUCACCACGGCACCUGCGUGGCUCACUCUCCGUCCCGCUACUCGUGCCGCUGCAGCGAGGGCUACCGGGGGCGCCACUGCGAGGUGGCGCUCGCCGUCUCCUACAAUGUAGACGGCAAUAGCCUGAGCCUCAGCUCCAUGUUCGCCAUCAGCAUCUGUGUCAUGGCCUUUUUAGUGUUGAUGCUGGGGCUGUUUCUCUACUCCUGUUGGAGACGGCACAAGGGCCUCAAGGAGGGUGUGUAUCACGUGUCCGCACACCAUGGCGAAUGGGAGGACAUCCGAGAAAAUGUGCUCAACUACGAUGAGGAAGGUGGAGGGGAGCAAGACCAGAAUGCUUUUAACAUGGUGGAGCUGCAGCGCUCCCUCCAGCCCAGCCCAGCGCAGUCACUCCGCUACAGCUACCCACAGAGCAUCAUCUCCUACCCGCAGAAUAACACGCCCCAGGACAACAACAAGAAGGGGGUUUCAAACGGGAACGGCAGCGCGGCUAUCGCCCUGCGUCUGGCCAUCCCGCCCUCAGAAGCAGAGACCUUAUCAUCCCCCCUGACCUUCCGUCGCUCCCAGAGAGCCUUCUCCUUCUCCAGCCAGGACUUGGCUCGCUACUUGUGCGAGGUCAUCAGGGACAUGGAGCACCCAGAGGAGCUCGGCACCAUGACCACCCCACGCCGCCCCUCCGGAAAGGAGCGCAGCCUCGCAGCCGUGCGCUCCCUCAGCUCCCUCAAUUCAUCUCAGGGUUCAGAAGUCAGGCUUCAGGCGGCCGGCAACACCAGGAUGGACAAGUUCAAAACCCUCCGAGCAGUGGUGAGCGAUUUGAGAGGAGACUCCAAGAGCGCACAGGGCCAGAGAGACAAACUCAAGGAGAGCAGAGGGCAGCUGAACUGUGAGAAGAGCGGCUGAGCCUGCGCUCAGAGACUUAGAGCUGCAGGUUGCAAAAGACCAACACUAAUCAGAAGUCGGUAUUGGAAAUCCAAGGGGAGGUAAUUAAAUGUGAAAUACUUUGAGACUGGGGGUUUGCCCAGGGUCUACGUGAAGUAUGUUACUAAUUUACUGUAUUAAUGAAACUUUGAACAUUUAUGUUCUUUGAUAUAAAGAUGUUUACCAAUGAAUGACCAGAUGUGAUGUAUUGUUUACUUGGCAUUGCACUGUACAUUAUUUUCCUCACAGACAGCACUUUUGUAAAAGUGCCCUACUCAUGUCAUACGACUCAUCAGAGCAAAGUCUGCAACGUAAGACGGCAACUCAAGUUUCCUGCCAGAUGACCGGAUUCUUUUUGCUGUCAGUGACUCAUGAAAUCAUUUAUGUAACAAAAUGAAUUUGUUUAAUUUGUAUGAUCUAUUUCCUUUUAAAUAAAUGAGCAUCUUUGAUAAUAUUUCAACCUCAGUCUUGUUCAAACAGCAGUUCAUAUAAGUGAUUCUCAGAUAUUCGGUAUUUGAAGUUCCAAGCCAACUUUCAUCUUCAAAAGUUCUAGCCAGCAAAGUCAGAUGUAGGUGUGAUAUCUCAUUACCAAUAUAUAGAAAUGACUUUCCAUCAUUUUACAAUCAUAACAUUCAUGUAAGAAUGAAACAGCUGUUCUUGUCACAUUCAGCUAUUUCCAGCAAAAGGAUCCACUGAUGAGAGGAACAAGUCAAUUUGGAGAUUAAUCAUUCAUGUACAGAGCCUCCUGCAGACUUCUGACCCAAGCUGCUCAGACUCUCCAGAACAAACUCAAAACGCUGGUAUCCCAGCAGGCAGCCCUACAUCAUAGUUAAUUGGCCAACAUUACUAGAGUUAAACAAGUGUGACACAAGAGCAAGCCUCUUGGGGCCAUGCAGAGCUGCUGCCAGCAGCUGAUGGUCCUGAUGUCUGCUUUUGGUCUAUAU